AUGCCCACAGAAUUGCAGAGUCGAACACCAUCGUCCUCCUCCGCAACGAUGCAGUACACCACAGGAGCCGACCUCCCUCCCGAGAUGCUCUCCCGCAUCCUCUACUAUCUCACUCCUCCAGACAAAAGGGAGAACCGCGCGCGCGGCGGCGAGUUCGAGUUCGAGUUCUCGAGGGGCGAAUAUCGGGAUUUGAAGCGUGGACUCGCUGCGCCCAGCCUUGUAUGCAAUCACUGGUCGGAGGCGAUCAGACCUCUCCUCUUCUCAAGACUCAGUUUGCGCAGCGCAGAAGACGUACGUAUGUUACGGAACGUCGUUGACAGUCCCCAAUUUCGGACGUCGUCUCUGUCGGACGCAAUUCAGCUUGUGUCAAUAUUUCAAGAGGUUGCUUCGACGAAGCCGGCAUGGCUCUAUCACGUCCACUGGCUGACAUCUCGACUUCAAGAAACGUCGUUCGAAUGCUACGUCGAGAGCCCUGCGGAUGGACCUAAGCCAACGAUCGGCCACCGGGACCUGUUCCGCUCGUUGCCCAGGGUACCUCCACCCUCCAGCCUGCGGCUCGCCGAACUUGUGCUCAGCGGGCUACAGUUUGCGAGUGCGACAGAGCUCGCACUACUCGUUGACAGUUUUCCGUCCCUCCAGCGUCUCAUUUGCGACCGGCUGAUCUUCCUCGACUCAUCAUCGGUCGUCCAGUCCCGCAGGAGUCCGCGAAGACCUUCAUCAUCUCUCGUCAUAUGCCGAGCGUAUCAAUGCGAGGGAAUGCCGUUUUCCACGAAAGUAGCACUUGCCUCUGACGUCCUCUCGGUUGCCACUCGCGUCGGCCUCGACGCCCACACAUGGGACGCCGUUCUGCAUGCACUGCUUGCAUUGGCACCCGGAACAUUUCAGGCUGUACGCGUUGGAAUGCGGCAACCGGAGGACAAAUCGCUCAAGGCGGUGGAUGUUACUCUCGCUCCAAGUGAGGGCGACAUGGUCUCAUUGUGUGGCAGUUAUAUAUUAGCCUCUAUUGAAGUGCGCCAGGCGAGUGCAGGCCAAGGUGCUGGGCCUCCAUCCGCAUUCAUCGACUCUAUCCACCUCUCGCUUUCGUUCCCUGACGCACAGGUCAGAAAAUCCCUUCGGUUCGACGCCUUCCGUAUAAUCAUCGAUGCCCCACUCUUUGACUGUCUUUAUUUCGCAAGUGGUAAACCGGAUGGCCCGGAGUUCGAGACCUUGAAAGCGAUCCUGUACCACGUCUUGCAGGGGACGCAGUUAUACUGGGCCCUCAAGUCAGGCAAACUCAAGCUCGUGAUUUCUAAUCCCGUGGCUAAUCCCGUGGACAUCUCCGUUUUCAGCAGUGAUAUCAUGCUAUUACUGCAAGCGAGCUUGAAGGACACUAUCGACGACGAGCCGGUCACUGUCGACGCCGCUGAACUAGUCGAUAAUAUCAUUUACGCUGUCCAAGAGGGAGAGGGCGAUGAAUACCUGGAGGAACUUUUAACCGCGCGCGCAAGCUUGGAGGACACUAUCGACGACGAGCCGAUCACUGUAGACGCCGCUGAACUAGUCGAUAGUAUUAUUUACGCUAUCCAACAGGGAGAGGGCGAUGAAUACCUGGAGAAGCUUUUAACCGCGUGCGCGAGCUUGAAGGACACUAUCGACGACGAGCCGAUCACUGUCGACGCCGCUGAACUAGUCAAUAGUAUUAUUUACGCUAUCCAACAGGGAGAGGGCGAUGAAUACCUGGAGAAGCUUUUAACCGCGUGCGCGAGCUUGAAGGACACUAUCGACGACGAGCCGAUCACUGUCGACGCCGCUGAACUAGUCGAUAGUAUUAUUUACGCUAUCCAACAGGGAGAGGGCGAUGAAUACCUGGAGAAGCUUUUAACCGCGUGCGCGAGCUUGAAGGACACUAUCGACGACGAGCUGAUCACUGUCGACGCCGCUGAACUAGUCGAUAGUAUUAUUUACGCUAUCCAACAGGGAGAGGGCGAUGAAUACCUGGAGAAGCUUUUAACCGCGCGCGCGAGCUUGGAGGACACUAUCGACGACGAGCUGGAGGAGCUUUUAACCUCGCGCGCGAGCGGAACAUCGGCGGAUGCGAGUUCUGGGACGGUGGCUGUUCCAUCUGCUCCGGAGGAAGCCUAG